GUGUCACUUUUCUGUCAAUUUAAUUCAAGGUGAUGUUUGUUGUAUUUGAGUCAGGCGGAGUCAGGUUAAUGGUUAUGUUAUUAUAGCUGACCAUUUGUCGAGAUUUCCAAGUGCCUGACGAAAAGUUCUGCACUGUAAAGUGUUUUUCUUGAUGUUAACUGCAGUGAAACAACGGGAAAAAUGUUGUGCCUUAAGUUACAAAAUAAGAUGAAGUUGUUGUUCGACAGACUUACGGAGCCGAACUAUGUUCUCGAUAACUAUUACGCUGAUUCGCUUAUCACCAAACUAUCGAACUGCGCCGAUCCUGAGGUAGUACAUCUAAAUAAAGCACCUUUGAUAUCUGAUCUGAUUAGUGAAGCAUUGGACCACACUGACAAUGCACACAACUCCGUCAAAGUGUUCAUCACGAAGGUACUCGCUAUGGUGGUGCAGAAAGAGUUAAAUUUUGCUAAAAUAUUUGCCAAACAAGGAGACAGAUUGCGGGCAGGGUUUAAAAAAAUCUGUGAACCAAAUGUAAACCCAAGCAUACGUGUAGCUUACAUAGAAGUCGCCUUAUCUAUCGUCUCACACAGUUCAGGAGUAGCUUGGCUUAUAGAAACAGGUGUAUGGAAAGAAAUACUUAGCUUAUGCUACGAGAGAACAACAGUAUUUGUUGUGCGGCAAAUAUAUAAAUUCAUGGCAGACUUUCUUUGGAAACUUAAUGAUCUGGAAGACGACGCUAAUAUCAGAAUAAUUAUCAACCAAUUACUAGAACCAAUCAGUAGAUACGAUUUUAUUAAUGUACAGAGUCUAAACAGUCAAGAAGAGGAAGAAAUAUGCGCUGCCAUAGAACCUACUGUUCAAACACUUCUAGCAGUGGUAGGGAAAGAAGGUCGCAUUGAGAAUGCAACUAUGCUUAUGAACAUGCUUAUCAAGGAAUACAAAAUCAAUUCGUAUUUAUACAUAGCAAGCGAGCGGAUCCGCACGGAUGACAUGUUAUUGGCAAUUUUGAAAUUAAUAUUUUGGCUUACAAUUGCAAAAGUUUUCGUUGCAAAACCUAUGUUGCCUGGAGUACUUUACAGUAAUGAAGAUUUUCUAGAAGUAGCAGCUUUCAAUUUUAACGUUAUUCAAGCAUUCAUUCAACGUCGCAGCGCCACGUUGGUCCUAGAUUUUUGUUCUUCUUGUAAUAUAAUAUGGAACUCGAUGUUCAAAGAUAAAGAGGCUACUAUGUGGGAAGAACAAACAGAUCAGACAAGAAUAAAAAUGAGGAACCAAAUGUUGUUUGUGUUUUUAGUACCAGUAUUGGUUUUCGUUACGUACGGCAAGCCGCAAUCGGUGCUGACUGAUAUAAAUAUUCACGAUUAUAUAUAUAAACUGCUGAAUCUUUCCUGUGAAUAUACAGCAAAAGCCGCAUUUGCGAUGAGGGAUUUGACAGGAGAACUAGACACGUUGUCAGUUAUUUUACAAUGUGUUAAAAAACUCAUUCAUCUGAAGGAACAUCUGAACGAAGAGCAGGCUAAUCUGGCUUUUCAAGCCCUGUUUUACGUUUUGUACGAGUACAAUCCGAUAGACGAAUAUGGAGAUCCCAAAUUGGAUGAGAAUUUCGAAGAUGGCGAAGAGAAAAACCUUGUGAUGACGUACGUUAUGGAUAACGUUCUGUCUUUGGUGGCAAACCGUAACAUUCACUGGCAAGAGAGUUGCGAAAUCCUAUGUUUGUAUAAUGUUGUUUUGACCAACUUGGACAGACCUAAUCUAAGUUGCAAGUUCGUGGUAGUAUCCCUAAAAGUGAUUGCGUUGACAGUUAAGAAGUUCCUGCAGCCAAACUUAACGCUUCUUAUGGAUUCGAAACCGGGCACCGCGCUACACGACCUCGGCAAAAGUAUAUAUUUGAAGAUGCAGGAUCGCCAUUGGGAGGUUCGCGACACGGCGUUGGAAUUAUUACAACUUUGUACUGAAAUAGCAUACAUAAAGUUCCCGUCAUUCCAGAAGCAAAUCUUAGAGAAUAAUCUGAUAAACUUAGCAGCGACGAUAGCCUUCAACGACUAUGAGUCUUACGUACAGGUGUCGGCCCUCAAGUGCAUCGGCGCAGCCAGCAGAAUCAAUGUCAUUUGGGAUCAGCUAAUUGCCGAGUUUCCUGAUAUGCAGGAACGGCUGCUUUAUAUUCUGCGUCAUAACGAAGAGGGAAUUGUGAGGAAAGAAGCUUGCAACGUGCUCUGCGACUUAUACCAGAACAUCAAGAUGACGCCCGCUUUCAAGCAGACGCUAUACGAGCACAUGGUCUCCUCCGCUCUCACCGACUUCCACUGGGAGGUUCAGAUCAGUGCAUUGAAGUUCUGGAAGUGCGUCUACUACUCUCUGCUCUCCGGACAAGGUAUGCUAGAUGGCAACUUUCCACCAGUUACAUUUUCUAGAGAAACUAGAAAGAUCGUCACGUUAAACGAGACAGAAAUACAGAAGAGACUGAUUAAAAUUCUUGAAGAACUUGCUUCCAUUGGAUGUCUUACCGUUUUUGUUACAUUACUUCACGAACAAACAGAAGUAGGUAUAAUGGAUGCGGCGCUAAGUAUCGCGCAGGAAUUAUACGAUAUUCUUAAAAGGCACAAUGUUCCUGACUUUAUAACGCCGAAAGAGGGAGACAUCACUAGCGUAAAUGAACUUUUAGUUCACAUCAAAGAGGAACCCGAAGCCACCGACGAUAGUGUAGAUAUGAUAGAUGGGCAGACCUCUGACAAUGUGAUCGAGGACAUACUCAACGCAGAUGAUGUAAACCUUCUGGCUAAUAUAUACGAAAAGUAUAUGACAUUGCAAGCCACCCAGACACCGCCUCCUCUAAAGCCAAAGGUAAAACUAUUGAGAUUCGCGUCGCCUUAUUUAUUCGUUAAUUACGUUAAGGAUACAGAUUUCAAACAAAUUAUUGAAGAAAAAUCAAAAUGGGACGAUGGCAUCAGGAGCUUAUCUUCGCUCCUCGAUGAUGUUCUUGGCAUAUAUGAAGUUAAUACGGAAGCUAACUCGUUAGAUUGUUACUAGUGUUAAGUACUUUAUAAAUAUUUACAUUAAGUCUAAUAAAAAGGCAAUGUUACAGUUCGUAAGCUUGAGAUUAUAUUUUCUUUAUAAUCA